AACAAAAUCAAGAAAAAAAACAAAAAAAGAAACAACACAAAAGAUGAAUCUUACAUACAUGCUAAAAACUUUUAACUACAUCUAGAAGAUGUGAACAUCCUAUUUAUAUAUACAUAUGAUCUUAUAUGUACAUCACACAAACUUGUGUUACUGAGCAUUCAGUUAGAAAGGAAAUUGUUAUUGUUUUCAAGAAUUGGAAAUGGAGAGUAGUAUUGAAAGUGAGGGAAGAUUCAAAGGAAGCAUUAAGAGGACUUUAAGCAGGUUUGAAAGUUCAUCACUUAGGAUGAGCAGUGGUAUGGAUAAUGUCUUCCCUAACUCUGUUAAUAGGGAGGAGAAUGACGAUGAAGAGGCUUUGAAAUGGGCUGCAAUUCAGAGGCUUCCGACUGUUGCACGCUUGAGGAGAGGUUUGUUGACUACCUCUAAAGGACAGGUUUGUGAAAUUGAUGUAUACAAUCUUGGGCAGCAAGAAAGGAGAUACCUGAUAGAUAGACUGGUGAGAAUUGCAGAUGUUGACAAUGAGAAAUUGUUAUUGAAGCUCAGGGAUCGCAUUCAUAGAGUUGGAAUUAAUCUUCCUACAAUCGAAGUCCGAUUUGAGCACUUGAAUAUCGAGGCAGAAGUUCACGUAGGAAAAAGAGCUUUGCCUACCCUCACUAAUUACGUUCUUGAUAUGGUAGAGGCUCCAUUGAACUAUAUACUAAGAAGAAGAAGACAGCAUGUGAAUAUUCUAAAGGAUAUUAGUGGAAUAAUAAAGCCUGGCAGGAUGACAUUGCUAUUGGGGCCCCCAAGUUCUGGAAAAACAACGCUCCUUCUGGCCUUGGCUGGAAAACUUGAUCCCAAGCUAAAGUUCACUGGGAAGGUGACUUACAACGGUCAUGAGAUGAAUGAGUUUGUACCUCAAAGAACUGCUGCUUAUGUCAGUCAAAACGAUCUUCACAUUGGAGAAUUGACAGUUAGAGAAACUUUGGAAUUCUCAGCAAGAUUCCAAGGUGUUGGACCUAGAUGUGAUAUGCUAGAAGAGAUAUCUAGAAGAGAAAAGGAGAGAAACAUUAUCCCAGAUCCAGAUAUUGAUGUGUUUAUGAAAGCUAUUUCAACUGAAGGCAAGAAAGCAAAUCUUGUAAUAGAUUAUAUAUUAAAGAUUUUGGGACUAGAGACCUGUGCAGAUACUGUGGUGGGAAAUGCAAUGUUAAGAGGUAUCUCUGGAGGACAAAGGAAACGGGUUACGACAGGGGAGAUGCUAGUGGGAACAGCUAAGGCUCUUUUCAUGGAUGAAAUAUCUACUGGUUUGGAUAGCUCAACAACUUUUCAAGUUGUGAAAUCAAUGAAGCAGUAUGUCCACCUGCUCAAUGGAACUGCUGUGAUCUCACUCUUGCAGCCACCACCAGAGACUUAUGAUCUUUUUGACGACAUUAUUCUACUCUCUGAGGGGCACAUUGUGUACCAGGGUCCUUGUGAACACGUGCUUGAAUUUUUUGCUUCAUUAGGUUUCAAGUGUCCUGAAAGAAAAUCAGUGGCAGACUUUUUACAAGAAGUGACAUCAAUGAAAGAUCAACAACAAUAUUGGGUAGAAAGAGAUAAGCCUUAUAGAUUUGUGACUCCUAAAGCGUUUGCAGAGGUAUUUGAGUCAUUUCAUGUUGGGAGAAGCCUUGGUAAUGAACUUGUUACUCAAUUUGACAAGUCUAAAAGCCAUCCAGCUGCUUUGACGACCAACAAGUAUGGAAUUGGAAAACGGGAAUUGUUCAAAGCUUGCUUAUCAAGAGAACUUUUACUCAUGAAGCGCAAUUCAACUUUAUACAAAUUCAAACUUUGCCAAAUUGCAUUCAUGGCUAUUGUUACCAUGACCGUUUUUCUCCGAACUGAGAUGCACCACAAUUCAGUGCUUGAUGGGGGCAUUUAUGCCGGUGCAUUGUUUUUUGGAAAUUUAGUGCUUAUGUUUAAUGGAUUUGCUGAACUUUCAAUGACCGUUGUGAGGCUUCCCGUGUUUUACAAGCAAAGAGACCUUCUCUUCUACCCUUCUUGGGCAUAUGGUCUUCCUUCAUGGAUCCUUAAAAUCCCUGUAACGUUUGCUGAAGCAGCUGUUUGGACAUUCCUCACCUAUUAUGUCAUCGGUUAUGAUCCUGAAGUUGGAAGAUUACUUAGACAAUUCCUUCUUCUUGUGCUUAUCAACCAAAUGGGCACUUCAUUAUUCCGAUUACUUGGAGCAGUUGGUAGAGAAAUGACAAUGGCUACAUCACUUGGGUCAAUUCUAUUGACCUUUCUCAUUGCCAUGGGUGGCAUGGCCCUCUCGAAAGAUAAUAUUACAAAAGGGUGGAUAUGGGGCUUCUGGAUAUCACCUGUAAUGUAUGCACAGAAUGGCUUAGUGAAUAACGAGUUCCUAGGAAAGACAUGGAGACAUGUUCUUCCUAACUCAACUAAACCGCUAGGAGUUGAUGUUUUGGAAUCUCGUGGGUUCUUUACACAGUCAUACUGGUAUUGGAUAUGUUUUGCGGCAUUGCUCGGAUAUACAUUACUGUUCAACUUGGGUUACAUUCUUGCUCUAACUUACUUCAAUCAAAUUGAGAAGCAUCAGGCUGUGAAAUCAGAGCAAUCUCAAAGCAAUGAGGAGAAUGGUGGAAGAAAAGGAGGAAUGGUUCUUCCUUUUGAACAACAUUCUAUAACCUUUGAUGAAGUAACAUAUUCUGUCGACAUGCCUCCGGAAAUGAGGAUUCAGGGUGUCCUUGAAGAUAAGUUGGUUCUUUUGAACGGUGUCAGCGGAGCUUUUAGGCCAGGUGUUCUCACUGCACUUAUGGGUGUCACUGGUGCUGGCAAAACAACUUUGAUGGAUGUACUUGCUGGUAGGAAAAGUGGGGGAUAUAUUAGUGGGAACAUCACAGUUUCCGGGCAUCCCAAAAAGCAAGAAACCUUUGCAAGAAUUUCCGGAUACUGUGAGCAAAAUGAUAUACACUCUCCUCAUAUUACGGUCUAUGAGUCUUUGCUCUAUUCAGCAUGGCUCCGGUUGCCAGCGGAAAUCAAUACAGAAACUAGGAAGAUGUUUGUUGAGGAAGUCAUGGAGCUAGUGGAGUUGAACCCAUUGAGGGAUGCAUAUGUUGGUCUCCCAGGUAUUAACGGUCUAUCAACUGAGCAGCGUAAAAGAUUGACUAUUGCAGUUGAACUGGUGUGUAAUCCUUCUAUCAUAUUCAUGGAUGAGCCAACUUCUGGGUUAGAUGCAAGAGCUGCAGCUAUUGUUAUGAGAGCAGUUAGGAACAUAGUGGACACUGGAAGAACAAUUGUGUGUACCAUUCACCAGCCCAGCAUUGAUAUCUUUGAAUCUUUCGAUGAGCUUUUCUUAAUGAGACGAGGAGGACAAGAGAUAUAUGUGGGGCCACUUGGACGUCAUUCUUCACAUUUAAUUAAAUACUUCGAGGGAAUACAAGGUGUCAGUAAGCUUAAAGAUGGCUACAAUCCAGCAACUUGGAUGUUGGAAGUUACUAGCUCAGCAAAAGAAAUGGAAAUGGAGAUUAAUUUUGCUGAGGUGUACAAAAGCUCAGAAUUGUACAGGAGAAACAAAGCUCUUAUUGAAGAUUUGAGCACUACAUCUCAUGGUUCAAAGAGCCUUUAUUUUCCUUCGAAGUAUUCGAGGUCCUUUUUUAUCCAAUGUAUGGCUUGUUUAUGGAAACAACAUUGGUCUUACUGGCGCAAUCCGUUGUACAAUUCAAUAAGGUUUAUCUUCACAAUCGUUGUCGCCGUGUUGCUUGGGAGCAUUUACUGGAAAGUUGCCUCCAAAAUUGAAAACCAACAAGAUUUCUUUAAUUCCAUGGGGUUUUUGUAUACUGCUACUUUGAUUAUUGGUGUCAGGAAUUGUAAUUCAGUGCAACCACUGAUAGGUAUAGAGAGAGUAGUCUUUUAUAGGGAAAGGGCUGCUGGAAUGUAUUCGGCAUUGGCAUAUGCUGUUUCUCAGGCUCUAAUUGAAAUCCCUUAUAAUCUUGUCCAAGCCGUGGUUUAUGGGAUUCUAGUUUAUGCAAUGAUUGGUUAUGAGUGGAGCGUCACUAAAUUUGUUUGGUACAUCUUUUUCAUGUUUUUCACCUUCCUUUACUAUACAUACUUUGGCAUGAUGACAAUAGCCUUGACCCCAAACCUAGCUAUGGCUUCUAUACUCACCAGUGCGUUCAAUUCAUUGUUCAAUCUCUUCUCGGGAUUCUUAAUCCCCCAAACAAGGAUCCCUGUAUGGUGGAGAUGGUUUUAUUGGAUAAAUCCAGCAGCUUGGAGUCUAAACGGGUUGGUGACUUCGCAAUUUGGAGAUAUAACGGAUAGUUUGGAUUUCAAUGGAAGAAUUGUUCCAAUACAAGACUUUUUGCGCGAUUACUUUGGUUUCAAGUAUGAGUUUUUGGGGAUUGUUGCAGUUAUAGUUGUUGGAUUUACAAUAGGUUUUGUAUUGGUCUUUGCUUUAUCCAUCAAGACAUUAAAUUUUCAACGACGCUAGAGUCUGGAAUAUUUUAGUGUAGUAUUAACUAUUGGUAUUUUAUGUGUAAUAAUGAAAAGUUUCAAUUUGCAACUCAAGAAUAAACCAG